AUGCUGGUUAUUCAUAGCCGUGCUAUGAAUAAUGAUGUAUCUUACGCUUUCCAUAUUCCAUUGAUGCAUUAUUGUUGGCAGCGCCAUUUCAAUACCCAAGUAACCCAAGCAGGGCUCACCAUCACUCAAUCCUUCACUAGCUCUGUCAAGCAGGGCCGGUUAUACCAAGUCACUAGAAAAAUACCCAGGAAUUUGCUUGGAAAGCAGUGGCCAGGACAGCUGUAUAAAAGCUUGCCCAUUUUAUGUUUGCUGCAUUCUGUUCUUGAAAUCUUGCAACUCUCUACACAAUCAUACUCCCGACUCCUGUUUCUGCUACAGCUGCAGCACCCUUGUUGGUCCUGA